AUGACUCCAUCCUUCCCGUCGAUCACUUUCCCAAACCAUUGGACUCUGGCAACUGGUUUGUAUCCUGAGGCACACGGCAUUGUUGCGAACGAAUUUUACGAUCCAGCUCUCAAGGAGGAAUAUAUUCAUAAAAAUGCCACUAUUAGUGCAGAUCCCAAAUGGUGGGGAGGAGAACCCAUUUGGAUAACAAGUAAAACUCAAGGCAAAAGAUCAGCGGUCAUUAUGUGGCCAGGUUCCAACGUUCCAAUCCACGGUAUUUCUUCGGAUUAUUAUGUGCCCUAUAUUAGAACUACCACAGCCAUGGAGAAAAUGGAUACCGUGUUGAGUUGGUUGGAUUUACCGCUGGAAGUAAGACCGCAAUCCAUCAAUGUCUACAUACAACAGAUAGACCAAAAAGGACAUGGCGGUGGUCCAGAUGGAAAGCAGUUGAAUUCAGUUUUGACAAUGACGGAUAAUGCCAUUGGCCGCUUAAUGGUUGGCUUAGCGGAAAGAAAUAUCGAUCGACACGUUCAUAUUGUAGUAGUAAGCGAUCAUGGUAUGGCUGCCUCUGAUAAAUCAAGACUUAUCUUUUACGAUGAAUUUAUAUCAUCCGAAUCUGAAGCUUUUUUACGUGAACGAGAAGCAUGGCCGCUGCUUGGUCUGCGCCCUAAAGAGGAUGCACCUGACUAUGCGCUCGAUAAAAUCUACAAAGAAAUCUACGAUUAUACCCAAAGGGUUGACAACCCUCAUUUCAAACUGUAUCGUCGUGAGGAAGUCCCCGAACGCUUUCAUUACAACUCUACAGAACGUAUCGCUCCUAUUUUGUUAAUUCCUGACGUUGGUUACGCCAUUAUUCGAAGCACAGAUUUCGACAUAAAUUCUGGAAAGGACUAUCAUCCCAUGGGUAUCCACGGCUAUGAUAAUAUGGCGUAUGAAAUGAGAGCCAUUUUUGCGGCCAAAGGACCUAAAAUCGACGAAUUAUAUUUGCCCAACACUGUGGUGAAGCCAUUUUGCAAUGUGGAAAUCUAUCGAUUUUUGACUAAACUGCUGGACUUGGAUCCAGCGCCGAAUAAUGCAACACUAAACGGUGCAUUUGAAAUAUUAUAG